CACCACAAAGAGUCGCCGUUACUGCCCAGGUCGUUUGCCGUGAAGGAUGAGAUAUUCUGCUUGUUCGAGGGGGCGCUCGACAACUUGGGAAGUUUAAGGCAGCAAUAUGGUCUAGCCAAGUCUGCGAACGAGGUGAUUUUGGUGAUCGAGGCGUACAAGGCGCUUCGUGAUCGCGCUCCGUAUCCUCCCAACCAUGUUGUCGGCCACCUCAGCGGGAAUUUCGCUUUCGUCGUCUUUGACAAGUCUACCUCAACCCUCUUCGUUGCUUCUGACCAAUAUGGUAAGGUUCCUCUGUAUUGGGGAAUCACUGCUGACGGAUAUGUCGCCUUCGCUAACGAUGCAGAUUUGCUUAAAGGUGCUUGUGGCAAGUCACUUGCUUCUUUCCCUCAAGGGUGUUUCUUCUCCACAGCAGUAGGAGGACUGAGGAGCUACGAGAAUCCUAAGCAUAAGAUCACUGCGGUGCCUGCUGCUGAUGAAGAGAUCUGGGGUGCAACAUUCAAGGUGGAAGGGUCAGCAGUUUUUGCAGCCACAGAGUAGAAGACUGCUUGAAUGGUGGACGGACAUAAUCUAUAUAUACUUGUGGGAUGGAGAUGGAGAGGUUUUUAUAUGGCAAGGGUAUGCAUGCAUGAUGGGCCAUGUAAAUACCUGAAUGAGUGAGAGAUCGUGUCUGUUGGUAGACUCUGUUUUUAUGUGUAGUUAGCCUUCGCUCUAAGCUUCAACCAAUGUACAGCUUCCCUUUCUAGUGUAAUAAAACAAGGUUUAAGGAUUUCAA